CAUGCUCCAGCAGCCAAUGGAGUGCAAGGGGGCGUGGCUACGGGCGUGACAGCCGAUACAACGGCAAUCGUCGGAGCGUCGCGCUGCCACUGUUACAGCAGUCUUCAAGCACACAAUUGUGACAGACUGAAACAUCUACAACCAUGUCUGAGGCUGAGUUUCAGAAAGCAGCAGAGGAGGUCAAACAGCUGAAAACGAAACCGACGGAUGCUGAGGUGCUGGACAUUUACGGUCUGUAUAAACAAGCCACCCUAGGAGAUGUCAACACAGCUCGACCGGGUAUGUUCGAUUUCACUGGCAAGACCAAAUGGGAUGCCUGGGAUGCCAAGAAAGGUAUGAGUAAGGAUGAUGCUGUGAAAGCUUACAUCGCAAAGGUAGAGGAGCUGAAGGGGAAAUACGGAAUCUAAUAUCAUCAUGGCCAGCCUGCCUUUACCUGUACUGUCCUCUUAUAUAACACCUUAAGGCCUCCAGUGUGUCCUGUCACAAGGGUGUUACGGUUACAUUGUAUCACACAGACUCGGUUCUGUGUGAGAGAAUAAGCACAUUCCUCUCAGGCCAAGAGAAAUCGUCCACCAGCAACCACGUAGUGAAAAGCACAAAUGAAUUCAAAUUUCUACAAUGCCAUUAUCACUUUUUCUAAAACCAUGUUUGCUUUGUGUUUUCGUACAAACACUGACUAAGAAAAACAUGUUGGAUUUCCCUCAAAAACUUUGAUGUUUGACUUUUUUUUAUUUUUUUUAAGUAAGACCCCAUGAAAGAUUUUGUGAUUUUUAAAAAAUAACCUGAUCGAGUAAUUAAAUGGAUUUACUGUA